ACGUUAGAAUCGUGGCUGUACGUUACAAGAGCAUCCGUUAGGAUUCGUGCAAGUGAACUACUUGAGUUGUGUGUGCAUUCCAGUUCUGAUGGCUGAAACGGAUAAAUUGAAUAUAGACAGCAUUAUAGCACGGCUAUUGGAAGUGCGUGGUGCUCGUCCUGGCAAGAAUGUACAGCUAACAGAAAGUGAAAUAAGAGGUCUGUGUUUAAAAUCACGAGAAAUAUUUCUUUCUCAACCAAUUUUGCUGGAGUUAGAAGCACCACUUAAGAUUUGCGGUGACAUCCAUGGUCAAUAUUAUGAUCUCCUGAGAUUAUUUGAAUAUGGUGGUUUCCCACCAGAAUCUAAUUACCUUUUCCUUGGGGAUUAUGUGGACAGAGGGAAGCAGUCUUUGGAAACAAUCUGCCUUUUACUGGCUUAUAAAAUUAAAUAUCCAGAAAACUUUUUCCUGUUAAGAGGAAAUCACGAGUGUGCCAGUAUCAAUAGGAUAUAUGGAUUUUGUGAUGAAUGCAAGCGGCGGUAUAACAUUAAGCUGUGGAAAACAUUCACGGACUGUUUCAAUUGCCUACCUGUGGCUGCCAUUGUAGAUGAAAAAAUAUUCUGUUGUCAUGGUGGGCUCAGUCCUGAUCUCCAGAGCAUGGAACAGAUUCGUCGUAUAAUGCGGCCAACUGAUGUACCAGACCAAGGCCUCCUUUGUGAUUUGUUGUGGUCUGACCCUGAUAAGGACACAAUGGGCUGGGGUGAGAAUGACAGAGGUGUGUCCUUUACAUUUGGAGCAGAAGUAGUUGCAAAGUUUUUGCACAAGCAUGACUUUGACCUCAUUUGUAGAGCUCAUCAGGUUGUAGAAGAUGGCUACGAAUUUUUUGCGAAACGACAGCUGGUCACACUUUUCUCAGCACCCAAUUACUGUGGUGAAUUUGACAAUGCAGGUGCAAUGAUGUCUGUUGAUGAAACACUCAUGUGCUCAUUCCAAAUAUUGAAGCCGGCUGAUAAGAGGAAGUUUGCUUAUGGAGGACUGAAUGCUGGAAGACCUGUUACACCACCCCGUGGAGCAACAACAAAGAACAAGAAAAAGUGAACGUGUCUGGGUUGAGCAACUGAGCUGCUUAAAUAUACUUAAUUUGAAUGCUGAAUUCACUGUAGCAGCUAGAACUACAGGAGUAUUGUGCAUUGUGGAGAGACUGCUGAAAAUAUAAAUGUUGUGUAAUAUUGUGUUGGGCCUGAAGUCCUGACUCAGACGUUGUCACAAAGCUGUUUACCAGUGGUACAACAUAUUUGUAGUUUUAUAAUUUUAUGCCAAACAUUCUUCAGUACUCAUUACAAGCAAAAAUUAAUACUAAGUUAAAUACGUGACAGCGUAUCAGUGCAAUUGCAGUUAUUUUAUCAAAAUCUGUUUACUGUGGCGCUACCUGUUCUGCAGUCAACUUUUUGUAAUGCAGAGCUGUUAAAAGUGGAAUGAACUUACAAAUAUGUAAUAUUUGGAAUAUUGAAGCACUAUUAGAUAUAA